AUGGGCUUAUUCGGCCCCGGCUUCAAAGAGGUGGGGGACUAUAUGAAUGCAAUGCAGGCUCAGCUUGCAGAUAAUGCGGCAAAGUACAAUUAUCUCGGUACAACCUCCUGGUUGGGACUGGGCGACCGUUCCACAGCGAAUCAACAGAUGGUUGCGACCUACUUUCGAACCCUGGAAGAUGUACACGCUUAUGCACAUAGCCCACUUCACCGUGAGGCAUGGGAAUGGUGGAGCAAAAUCACCAAAUCACACCCGCAUCUCAGUAUCAUGCAUGAAGUCUACCAAGCACCGAAAGAUCACUGGGAAAACAUAUACAUUAAUAAUCACCUUACAGGUAUUGCUGCUACACAAUGUAUCUUUAAGCCGGAAAAUGAAAGCGAAAACACCGAGAACCUGUGGAUCCGCCCUAUUUUUGACGCCAAAAAGGGUAAAUUGAGUACGCACAAGGGCCGAAUUGAAAAGACCAAGGGUGACGAUAAUGAUAAUAUCUUUCCUGAUCAAACAUCCCGCGUCUAUUGA